AUUAUGUAUUUAUUUAAUAUGGGGCGCGUCAUCCUGCUGACUCUCGCCGUCAUGUCCACGUUGCUGUGCCAGGGGUUCUGUUCGGGAGUGUUCGAGCUGAAGUUGCAGGAGUUCCUCAACAAGAAGGGGGUGCAGGGCAACAGGAACUGCUGCCCGGGGGGUCUGACCUCCGCCUUCCAGCAGCAGUGCGAAUGUAAAACCUUCUUCAGGAUCUGUCUCAAGCACUUUCAGCCCAACGCCUCCCCGGAGCCUCCGUGCACGUACGGCGGCGCCGUGACGCCCGUGCUCGGAUCCAACUCCUUCCAGGUGCCGGACGUCAUCCCGGAGAGUUCCUUCAGCAACCCGGUCCGGAUCAACUUCGGCUUCACUUGGCCGGGGACCUUCUCGCUGAUCAUCGAGGCCUUGCACACGGACUCCAGAGACGACCUCUCCACAGAGAACCCAGACCGCAUCAUCAGCACCAUGACCAUCCAGAGGCAUCUCACCGUGGGGGAGGACUGGUCCCAGAACCUGCAGCCCGGCGGCAAGACGGAGCUCAAGUACUCGUACCGGUUCGUGUGCGACGAGCACUACCACGGGGACGGCUGCUCGGUGUUCUGCCGGCCGAGGGACGACGCGUUCGGCCACUUCACCUGCGGAGAGAGAGGGGAGAUCACCUGCGACUCGGGCUGGAAGGGACAGUACUGCACAGAACCGAUUUGUCUUCCGGGCUGUGACGAGGAACACGGCUUCUGUGAGAAACCUGGAGAGUGCAAGUGCCGAGUGGGAUUCAAAGGCCGCUACUGCGACGAGUGCAUCCGCUACCCGGGCUGCCUCCACGGGACCUGCCAGCAGCCCUGGCAGUGCAACUGUCAGGAAGGCUGGGGGGGGCUCUUCUGCAACCAAGAUCUCAACUACUGCACCCACCACAAGCCCUGCGUGAAUGGAGCCACUUGUAGCAACACCGGCCAGGGCAGCUACACCUGUUCCUGCAAGCCUGGAUUCACUGGGGCCAGCUGUGAGGUCCGGGUCAACGAAUGUGCUGGAAACCCCUGUCGCAACGGAGGGAGCUGCACUGAUUUGGAGAACACAUAUACCUGCACUUGCCCUCACGGUUUCUAUGGCAACAACUGCGAGCUGAGCGCCAUGACGUGUGCGGACGGGCCCUGUUCCAACGGAGGCCGCUGUGCCGACAACCCCGACGGAGGCUACUUCUGCCAGUGCCCCACAGGAUACGCAGGGUUCAACUGCGAGAAGAAGAUCGACCACUGCACGUCCGCCCCCUGCUCCAAUGGUGCACGCUGCGUGGAUCUCGUCAACUCCUACCUGUGUCAGUGUCCGGAUGGUUUCAGUGGCAUGAACUGUGACCAGACCGGGGACGAGUGUCUGAUGUACCCUUGCCAGAAUGGUGGGACGUGCCAGGAGGGUCCCACCGGCUACACCUGCACCUGCCCACCAGGAUACACUGGUCGCAACUGCAGCUCACCCAUCAGCCGCUGUGAACACAACCCUUGCCACAAUGGCGCCACCUGCCAUGAAAGAAACAACCGCUACGUCUGCGCUUGUGUUCCUGGCUACGGAGGCCGGAACUGCCAGUUCCUGCUUCCAGAGCACGCCGCCAUUCGAGGGUCAGAAGUUCCCUGGAUGGCGGUUUGGACCGGGGUGUCCCUGGUACUGCUCCUUCUGGCAGGCUGUGCCGUACUUGUUGGAUUUUUCCGAUCGAAAGCCCAGCGCGGAGGUCAAAUCGAAACGGUUGGUGAGGGAGAGACAAUAAACAACCUUACCAACAACUGUCACCGCAGUGACAGGGACCUGGCAGUCAGCAUUAUGCCGACGCCAGGCGUCAAAAAUAUCAAUAAGAAGAUGGACUUCUGCAGCAGUGACCCAGAUGAAGGGUCUUCACCGGACAGAAGCAGCUACAAGAGCCGCCAUCCGCCUGCCGACUACAACCUCGUACACGAGGUCAAUUAUGAGCAGGCGGCUAAAGAGGCCAUGCUGGACGCAGCCUGCGAGGACAAGUGCCAGUCCCUGGACUCGAUCGAGUUCGAGGAGAAGCGCAGCAAACGUUUAAAAUGCGAUGCAUCAGAAAAGAAAGCCCCAGAAAUGUCUGCAUGUGCGGACACCAAGUACAAAUCUGUGUUUGUGAUGUCGGAAGAGAAGGACGAAUGUAUAAUUGCAACUGAGGUGUAA